UUUAAGCCAAGUUCAGCUCAAGAAUCAACAUGAAAGUAUUCGUAUUCGUCGCCGUUUGCCUGUUGGCCACAUCCGCUCUUGCUGCCGAUAAGGAUGAUAAGAUGUUGGGCUCAACCUAUGGCGGUGGCUAUGGCCAGCCCGCUGCUGCACCCGCUGCUCCGGCUUAUGCUGCACCAGCUGCUCCCGCCUACGCCGCACCAGCUCCAGUUGCCAUCCCCGCUCCACCAUGCCCAAAGAACUACCUGUUCAGCUGCCAGCCCAACUUGACGCCAGUGCCAUGCAGUGCUCCAGCUAAUAGCUAUGGCUCCGCCGGUGCCUACUCCCAGUACGCACCCGUCUACGCUCCACGCCCACUGCAGUGGUAAGCAGACGACCAGCCGGACAAAGAAAACAUAUAAAUAAAAAAUUGAUUCGAUUGCAUUAA